AUGUCUACCAAGCAACCUGCGAUCUCUCUUUUAUACGGAUUUGUUGUAAAUGUCAUCUCUGCUCUUCGUCCCUAUGCUCCCCAGCUUGUUCCAAUUCUAGUUUUUGCAUUUUUUGUUCCCCUUGCCAUCCUUCUCUCGGCUUUUGCGGGUUACAUCGUCUGGACAAAUCUCUCAGUCAGUUGGGAAUCUCCGCUCCAUUUCCAGUACGGCGAUGGUGUGCCGCCUUAUGCGCAGCUCAUUAUACCGUCCUUGGUCCCCACUCAGCGUUAUGACGUCGCCGUCAACUUGCUACUCCCCGCUUCCCAAUCAAAUUUGGCGCUUGGAAACUUCAUGACCACCCUCACGCUUUCCACGCUUGCUAACAAGACCAUCGCCUCUGUCCGUCGCCCGGCAAUCGCCGUCGCCUCACGUUCGGCCUUCUUUUUCACAAGUUCAAAUCUUGUUCGUCUCCAAAUACCCCUGUUGUCGUCGUUUGUUGCCGGUUCCUCUUCUUUGGCAGCAACUGUUGAAGUAGGUAGACGCGAUGGCUGGACCAGCCUCGCAGAGGGACAAGGUCGUGAACUGAGCGUCCUAUCCGCCUCAUUGCAAGGUUUGGCCGUUCCACAUGGUGUUCGAGGUCUCGCAAUUCGCUUUCCAUUGACAGCUUCUUUGCUCGCUGCAUUCCUCUUUCUUGCUAUUCUGGCCCUUAUUCUUGGGUCGUGCACCUUGCCCAGCGUCAUACGCAUUUCACUCCAACAACUUGACAACGCAAAGACCUAUCCGCGGAUCAAAUCUGAACCUCUGCGUCCAAUCUCUGAAGUUAAACCUACUCGAAGGAGAAGAAAGUCACGUUCUAGCAGAAGCUCCAGUGAAAGAAGGAAGGUCAAAGCGGAAGCACCGUCCAUCACCAUCCCGCCACCCACAGCUGGUGCGACGGAUCGACUACGCCGUCGUCCAUCGUCUUCAAAGGGGACAGACGGAUUUUCGGACUCAGAUUCGUAG